AUGCCACCCAGCUUUGCAGAGUCCUUCUGGUCAGAGGACUACGGUACAGGCCUACAAAAGCUCUUCACCAAACUCCGUCAGGGGUGCACCGAGAAUGAAGAACUCAUCCAGCUCGUCAAGCGUCGUGCAGAAGCGGAAGAGUAUCAUGGCGUGACACUGCAGCGAAUGGCUGGCGAUGCCUAUAAACGCGACGGCUUCCAGCGCGACGAUGGCGCAAGUGUCAAGCGCGCCUUUGAAGGCAUGGUCAAGGAGACGCAUGAGUCGGGCAAGACGCAUCUCAAGAUGGCGACAAACCUGCAGACGAUGGUGCUCAAUCCAUUCGGUAAAUGGGCGCAAGAACACGCUGAACGAGUGUCACGCAGUGAAAAGGAGCUCACGGGCAAGGUCAAAGUACACGACAAGCAGCACAAUGAAGUCAAGAAGCUGCGAUCCACUUACUUCAACAAGUGUCGUAUCCUCGAAGACUUUCAGGAAGAAAACAAGUUUGCCUUUCCUGCUGUGGAUGGUCCUGGCACGCCAAAGUCGAAUGCGAGCAAAGCAGCAGAGGAGGAUAGUGGCGACGACGAGGAAGCAGUGGAGCUUGGCGAUACGUUCUUCACUGCAGCGCAAAUCAAGCUACUCAUCAGUCGUAUGCUGACAGAGGUCAGUGUCAAGGAAGCCAAGCUGCCUAUUCUCGGCACGUUCCAGCAUGUCUCGACGGGCCUAGAUGUCGCGCAGUGGCUCAGACACAACCUCGUGUCCAAAGAAGAUCAAGAGAAUGAGUUGCAAGCAAUCAAGGAAGCAGAGCAGCUUGGUCAGGGCCUGGUCGACAAUGGCUUCUUGCGCUAUCUCGGUGUUGGCAAUACUUUUGCCAAUUCAUCUGUGCUCAAUUACCAAUGGCGCGACAAGGCGCUCGUUCUAGCUGGUCGAAUGAAGCCCGGAGAGAACUCACUGGUCAGUCGCGCGUCGACUAUGCCAUACGUCGGCGAAUACGUGCAGACCUAUGUGUCCAAUGAGCAUGCCAACGAGACGCCCCUUGAGAAGCUCACGCGCGAAGCGACACAAGCAAACACUUCUUACAAAGCCGCAGUCAAGAAGCUCGAUGGAUUGCGCGCUGACCUCGAAGCCAGCAUGAUGGAACACUUCCGAUUCAUGGAACGAUGCGAAACGGACAGACUCAAGGCCCUGAAGGAUGUCAUGAUGGACAUUUCUGCAGCCAUUUCAAACGUCAUUCCCGGUAUGAAGUCGUCAAUGGACAAUAUGGUCUUGUUCCAAGAAUCCAUCAGUCCUGCUGGUGAUCUCAACUACCUGAUUGAAUCGUACAAGACUGGUCAAUUUGUGCCAAGGACUGUUAUUUACGAAAAUUACUACAACGCAGUGGACGACCAGACAUUUGGCGUUGAUAUUGAGCUCCGUGCACGACAGGAUAAGAAGCGUGUGCCCAACUUUAUCGCCACAUUACUCAGCUACAUGGAUGAAUCGUAUCCUCUCUUGGCCAAUGAUGAACAACGACAAAAGCUGUGGAUUCGCAAUGUACCCCUGCAUCUGAUUCAUGCUCUGCGAGCUGAGCUGAACAACGGCAAGCCGGUCGACAAACAGGUCUUGGCAAAAUACGACCAUCCCAUCGUUGCUUCGUGUUUGCGAUUGUACUUGCUCGAGUUGCCCGACUCGCUCAUUUCGUGCACACUCUACGACACGCUCAAGGCAAUCUACGCAGCACAUGGCACAGAGGAGGAAACAGAAAAUAGGGUGACGGCAUUGUCGAAUGCCUUGCAGCAGCUUCGCAUCUCCAACAUUGCCACACUUGAUGCUCUCAUGACCCAUCUUGCUCGCUUGACGCAACUCACCAAUGCCGAUGAGGAGUAUAAACAGGCGCUCUCCACGCACUUUGGGAUUGCGCUCCAUCGCCCACGCCAAGAAUCCGCAUUGGCAGCGCAAGACAAGCAUCGACACAGAUUGCUGCUUGAUUUGUUGGCGCACAAACAAGACAUCUUUUCACAACUCAAACGCGCCACGACAUCGAGGCCACGUAGUGCAACGGAUGAGAAGGAACGACGUACACGGAUGGAGGAGCGUAAUAAAGCGAUUAGUGCCUCUGCCUCGAGUCAUGGCUCAUCGCUUGCACCGCCUCCCUCUAGUCAUGGGCCUGCUUCACCUCUUCCAGACACACAGCCUGGCCACCAAACAUACGGGCAUGAAUCCUCACAAGAUGCACCGUUUGAGCCGCCCGAUGAGGGUGAAGACAUUGUUGCAGGCUAUGAAGAUGCGUCCUUUGACCCGAGCUCCUUUGUGUUGCCGUCAGAGCGGCUUCGCGAGGGUGAGGCACCUGUGCUGGAGGAAGCACGGACGGGUCCUUCGUUGAGCAGGAGGAAGGCUAGUCACCGGCUUUCAAGACAUGGUCGCACUGACAGCAGGAGUUUGACGGAUACGAUGGACUCAUUGACGAUGCAGAGCGAGUCGAAGCCGUCCUCUCCCACGCGACACAGUAUCCAGCUUGAGGAUCCUGGUGUUGGUGUCAGCCUGGAGGACCGCGAGGUGUAUCUCGACUAG